AUGACAUUUGAUGAUGUGGCUUUAUAUUUUUCGGAACAAGAGUGGGAGAUCCUUGAGAAAUGGCAGCAGGAAAUGUAUAAACAAGUGAUGAAGGCCAAUUAUGCAACCCUUGAUUCCCUGGGUUGUGCUUUUUCGAAGCCAGAUUUGAUCACCUGGAUGGAACAAGGGAGAAUGCUGUUAAUCAGAGAUCAGGGAUGCUUAGACGAAAUGAGAAUGACAGUCGUCCCUUCUGCUGAUGAGCUGUUGGACUUGAAGAAUACUGGAAAGUCACCAUGUUUUGGUGAUCAAGGAACUCCUCUUAUAGGCAAAGAGGAGGAAUGCUAUUUAAACAGUCUUCAAAAACAGGACUUGUGUGCUUCCUUUCCAGGGAAGGAAAGAAAGAUUUCAUCAGAUCAGAGAGCCACUUUACAAUCUCCAAGUCUCCAAGAAACAGAGAUUCUAAAUAAAAAACUUAACAUGCCAGCAUCUAAUCAGGACAAGAAAGAUCCGUGGCAUAAGCCUCUGGAUACCCCAGGGCACUUGGAAAUUCCACCAGGGCCAAGAUUUUAUUCCUGCUUUCUCUGUGGGAAAGUCUUUGAGGUAAAGAAUGACUUGAUAAAGCACAAAAGGAGCCACUGCAAGAACCAGCUCUGUAGAUAUCCAAAGUACAAAAAUAGAUCCAGAGGGAAAUCAGAACGCAGGCGGACACAGACGUUCCUGUGUAAGAGGCAGCGGUUCCAAUGCGGUGAGUGCAAGAAGAGCUUCUGUCUGAAGUGCAGCCUCAUCACUCACCAGGUGGUCCACACAGGGCAGCAGCCCUUCCCAUGCCCUGAAUGUGGCAAGACCUUCCGGUAUAAAGCCAACUUGAAGAAGCACCUGUGUUUGCACAAGAGGGAGCGGCCCUUUUGCUGCAGGGAGUGCGGCAGGGACUUUGUCCAGCAGUGCAAGCUCACUGAGCACCUGAGGCUGCACAGCGGAGAGAGGCCUUUCCCAUGUCCCGAGUGUGGCAGAAGCUUCCGCCUGAAGAGAAGUAUGAAGGCCCAUCUUUGCCAGCACAGUAGGAAGAAGCCCUUCCAUUGUCCGGAGUGUGGCAGAGGCUUUUCUCGGAAGGCUGCCCUGAAGACCCACCAGAGGACUCACAGUGGAGAGAAGCCGUUUUCUUGUGAUGAGUGUGGUAGGAAAUUUAUCUACAAGACUAAACUCACCGAACAUAUCAGAGUUCAUACAGGAGAGAAGCCUUUUCCUUGUCCUGAGUGUAAUAAAUGUUUCCGCCUAAAGAGAAGCCUAAAAGCCCAUCGAUUUCAGCACAGCGGGAAGAAGCCCUUCCAGUGUCCAGAGUGUGAUAGGAGCUUCUUCUGGAAGAAUGCCAUGAAAGCCCACCAGCGUCUGCAUAGUGAGGACAAGCCGUUCUCCUGUGGGGAGUGUGGCAAGAGAUUUACGCGACCCUCCAAGCUUGCUCGCCACACCAGAGUCCAUAACAGGCAGAAGGAAUUCCCCUGCGGUGAAUGCAAAAAGACCUUUCCUCGGCAGUCGAGGCUCACUCAGCACCUCAAGAUCCACACCACAGAAAAGCCCUUCUCCUGCGCUGAGUGCAGCCGCAGUUUCCGCAGACGCUCGCAUCUCGCUGAGCACAUGAGGCUUCACAGUGGGGAGGAGCCUUUCCAGUGUCCUGAGUGUGACAAGAGCUUCUUCUGGAAGGCCUCCAUGAAGUUCCACCAGCGGAUACACAGGGACGAGAAGCCCUUUGCGUGCAGUGAGUGCAGCAGGAGCUACUCUCAGCGGUCUCAACUCACUGAACACCUGAGAGUACACAGUGGGGAGAAGCCCUACCAGUGCCCUGAAUGUGAUAAACGUUUCCGUCUCAAAGGAAAUUUGAAAAGCCACCAGCUCCAGCACAGUGGCAAAAAGCCAUUCUCUUGUGUUAAGUGUAGCAAAAGUUUCACUCAGCAGUACAGGCUCACAGAACAUAUUCGAGUCCAUAGUGGUGAGAAGCCCUUCCAGUGUCCAGAGUGUGACAAGAGCUACUGCAUAAGGGGAAGUUUGAGGGUCCAUUUGCACACACACAGUGGAGAGAAGCCCUUCCGGUGUCCUGAGUGUGGCAAAGGCUUCCUCCAGAAGAGAAGUUUGCAGACCCAUCUGCACCAUCACAGUGGGGAGAGGCCUUUUUCUUGUAAUGAGUGUGGAAGGAGCUUUACCUACAUGGGGGCACUCACCACCCACAUUGCAGGACAUGCCAGGGAAAAGCCCUCUAGUCUCUGUCCCACACAGUGACAGCUUUUAGAUGGAGCUCGAGCUGAGGCAGGAUAAAUAAUUCACAGAAUCCUGGCUACAGACACACUGGCCUGAUGCAUGGUCAGCAGGACCUGAUGACUCCUUGACAAAAGUUCCAAAUAAUGCAGGCAAAGACUGUCAAAGAGGCUUCUUCCUUCGAUAAUCCUCAUGGGCAAGGCCUGCCAGUCACAGUUCUGCUAGUUGAUGAGAUUUUAUACGGAUCUGCUAGUUGAGGAGAUUUUUCAGUGUCAUCCAAGAGCAUAAUAAUCCCUUGAUUAAAUUUGGAAACCACAGCCUGGGUGAAAAAUGAGAAACAUCUGUCUCAGCCUGUCAGUCUUUAACAUUACAGACCGAAACAUUCCCCCCAGACACCUCAGUCAGCUUUUCCAUUACCAGGCCUCCUUAUUUAAAUUUGUAUUGAAGUCUUCGGUUUUCUCUCAUAGUGGAUUUUCAUUUUCUCUCACUUGAGAGCACAUCUGUUUCUUGGAGGAAUUUCUCUAUAUUGCUAAAAAUAAAUGUUGGC